CGGGAGUGCACUGCUCUCUCUCUCUCCUCUCCACUUCACUCUACUUCUGAAGCUUCUCCGAUUGCUCUUCCGUCCGUUAAUCCUCUCUACUUAUCACUUUUGCGAAGAAACCCUAAUAAUUUUCAGUCUAUAAACCCUCAUUCUCUCCAACAAUCUCUCAUCUGUUCACAAUCAAUGCGCCAUAUCAUCAGACCACUUUGAACUGAGGUGAGGACAAUGGGUAGUUGUGUUUCUACCAGUAGACAGAGUUCUUCUUGUUGUUGUAUUGGUAUUGGAAAGAGGGCUAUAAGAACACAUUCUGAUCAUGCUGCUAGAUUACAACAAUUAUCAUCAAUACCUAAUAGGAUAAUCAUGAAUGGAAAUAGUACAACUUCUUGUGUUUUCACUCAGCAGGGACGAAAGGGUAUAAAUCAGGAUGCCAUGAUUGUUUGGGAUGAUUUUAUGCCAGAAGAUGUGACCUUUUGUGGUGUAUUUGAUGGUCAUGGUCCAAAUGGUCAUCUUGUUGCUCGAAGAGUAAGGGAUGUUUUUCCUUUGAAGUUGUUAUCGUUCUUUUCUUCUCACGAUUCAAAGUCAAGCGGAGAUAGAGAGGAAGAUAAAUUACAUUCGUUAUGGAGAGAUUUAUUUCUUAAAUCGUACAAGGCGAUGGACAAAGAACUAAGCACUCAUCCUUCUUUAGAUUGCUUCUGUAGUGGCAGCACUUCCAUCACUUUACUGAAACAGGGUUCGAAUCUAUUCAUGGGGUAUAUUGGGGAUUCUCGAGCAGUUAUGGGGUCUAAGGAUGAAAAUGAUUCCAUGGUGGCAAUUCAAUUGACUGUUGAUCUUAAGCCUGACUUGCCAAGGGAAGCUGAAAGGAUAAAAAGUUGUAAAGGAAGAGUUUUUGCAUUACAAGAUGAACCUGAAGUUUCGAGAGUUUGGUUACCUUUUGAUGAUGCCCCUGGUUUAGCAAUGGCUAGAGCGUUUGGUGACUUUUGCUUGAAGGAUUACGGAGUCAUCUCUAUUCCUGAGUUCUCUCAUCGGAUUCUUAACGAGAGAGAUAUAUUUGUUGUUCUUGCUUCGGAUGGGGUUUGGGAUGUCUUGAGCAACGAAGAGGUAGUCCAAAUAGUAUCAUCAUCCCCAACUAGGUCAUCAGCGGCUAAGACCCUUGUGGAGUCUGCAGCUCGAGAAUGGAAAUUCAAAUACCCCACUUCAAAAAUGGACGAUUGUGCGGUUGUAUGCUUGUUCUUGGAUGGGAAAAUGGAUUCCGAAUCCGAUAACGAAGAACAUGGUUUCUCUUCCGCAACACAUGAUAGUAACGCGAUCGAAUCGGAUGAUGGACAACAGUAUAAUAGCGAGCCAUGCCUGCAGAGAAAUUUCACUGUCAGAUCCUCCUCCGAUGAAAAUGACCACAAUUAUAAGAAUGUGGCAGCAGUUGAAGAUAAUAGUGGAGACUUGAAUUGGUUGGGAUUGGAAGGGGUUACACGAGUCAAUUCUCUUGUACAACUUCCUAGAUUUUCUGAAGAAAGACCAACAACUUCCUAGUUUUUUGUUUUGUUUUUUAUUUGCAAAGCAAGUAUUAGACCCAAAGUUUAUUAAGUGUUUUGAUUCUAUCAGCCUUGCACCGAGGACAAACUAUAUGUGUUUUUUCGACGAUGAGAAUGGGUAAUGUAUAAUGUUGAAUGUAGAUUUAAUGGGUUUUUUACUGGUAAGUUGAUGUUGAUUUCAUUUUCUA